GAUUCGAAAGUUGAUCGAGGUGUGGUGAUGUUAGCGACAGCCGUCUUGGCCACAUCAGCUCCUCGACGUGUUAUCCUCGGCAAUACGGAGAUCUUCGGCAAAGCGUGUCGACUGUUUAGGGACUGUUUACAGGAUGAAUCGAAACAUGUACGCUAUGCAUUGAUUGCAUUUAUAGUUGUGAAAUGCAUCCAAAGUCUAUCGUCAAUCUUCGCUCGUCGUGAAGUUUGCUAUCCGUUCAUAAAAGAGCUCGCACCCGAUGUGCUUGCACGCAUUCGACAGUUCGCUCCUGGAGACGCAACAAGGUUGACGGCUCUCGAGACGAUUUCAGACGACGACGUUCCGAUCAUACAAGAGGCGAUUCGUUCGCUGGAAGUGAUCCUAUCGAUUGCUAAAGUUAAUCGAGAGAUAGUGUUCGUGAAUGUUUUGGUACAACUGCUAGGCGAGUUUCUUUGCGAUGAUCCGCCAACACAGUAUCGUCAGCUGACACCGACCCUGAGACGUUUGCACGACUAUGCGAUUCUGAGGCUGAAUCUGAUCGGACCCGCACAUCCGGAUGCCUUCAAGAAAGUGUUGCACACUUUCCCGGCGCUUAAACAAAGAAUCGAGUCGUCAAUCCGCUAUCAAGCGAGCAGAUCGGUCACUGCUCAACAGGCAGCACAACGCGCUAUGGCGGCAGCGAAAAUCGAGCGAAUCAAUGCCGUACAAUCAACACAACCAGCGAUCAAGUUGACAAUGGAUUUCAGUGCGUUCAGUAGUGCCGAAGCACCAGCAGUUACUUCGGAACCUUAA